AUGCAGGGCUAUCCAUCCUGCGCAGGCGGUUGCUGAGCAAGGACCCGCCGCAGGGGAGCGGGGAGGACGCGCAGACGGGAACCGAAUCCCAAGAGUGACCCCCUGUGGUCUCUGACCUGUCCUCGCAGGAUGGUGUUAGAAGGAAGUCCUGAAGCAGUGAGUUCCCAGUCGCUAGAUCUCCGGCGAGCGUGCCCCAAAAGCGGACGCAUCUACCCUUCUCUGGGGGACAGCAUCCUAUUGACGAAGGAGCCAGUGAAGUACGGGGAGCUGAUCAUUCUGGGGUACAAUGGCUCCUUGCCCAACGGUGACAAGGGCCGCCGCCGCAGCCGAUUGGCCCUUUUCAAGAGGCCCAAAGCCAAUGGGGUUAAACCUGAUGUCAUCCACCACAUCUCCACGCCACUUGUGUCCAAGGCACUGAGUAACAAAGGCCAACACAGCAUCUCGUACACCCUUUCCCGAAGCCAUUCGGUGAUCGUCGAGUACACACAUGACAGCGAGACCGACAUGUUCCAGAUCGGCCGCUCCACAGAAAGUAUGAUAGAUUUCGUAGUGACGGACACGACCCCCGGGGCAAACUCAGCCAUCGACGGUCAGUCGGCACAGAGCACCAUCUCUCGCUUUGCCUGCCGGGUCAUCUGCGAGAGGAAUCCCCCGUACACGGCGCGCAUUUACGCUGCUGGCUUUGACGCCUCCCGCAACAUUUUCCUUGGAGAGAGGGCGGCUAAGUGGAGGACUCCGGACGGGUUGAUGGACGGGCUGACGACAAACGGAGUGCUGGUGAUGCACCCCAACGGCGGCUUUAGCGAGGACUCCACGCCGGGCGUGUGGCGCGAGAUCUCGGUGUGCGGGAACGUGUACGCCCUGCGUGACAGUCGCUCCGCUCAGCAGCGGGGGAAGCUGGUGGAGUCGGAGUCCAACGUGCUCCAGGACGGCUCGCUUAUCGACCUGUGCGGUGCCACCCUGCUGUGGCGGACCUCGGAGGGGCUCCUGCGCACCCCCACGCUUCAGCAGCUAGAGGCCCUCCGCCAGGAGAUCAACGCCGCCCGUCCGCAGUGCCCGGUGGGCUUCAGCACCCUGGCUUUCCCCAGCCUGGCGCAGCGGGGCGUGGUGGAGAAGAAGCAGCCCUGGGUCUACCUCCACUGCGGCCACGUCCACGGCUUCCACACCUGGGGCUUCCGCAAGGAGAAGGGGGGCCUGGAGCGCGAGUGCCCCAUGUGCCGGCGCUCGGGGCCCUACGUGCCCCUGUGGCUGGGCUGCGAGGCGGGGCUCUACCUGGACGCCGGACGCCCCACCCACGCCUUCUGCCCCUGCGGCCACGUCUGCUCGGCCAAGACUGCGCAGUACUGGGCACAGAUUCCGCUGCCCCACGGCACCCACGCCUUCCACGCCGCCUGCCCGUUCUGUGGCACGUGGCUGACCGGCCGACAGGGUUUCGUGCGCCUCAUCUUCCAGGGGCCACUCGACUGA